AUGGCCUGGAGGAGGGAGAAAGAGUGCAACUGGAUCGAGCAUGAGUUCAACAAAAACAAGACGACCUCAAUCGUUUUAUACAAGUGUAAACUACAGAAGAGCUUGGACAUCGGGAAAAUGAACGACGCUUGGGAAUAUACUGUGCGUGACCAUGAGAACUUAUCGAAGACGAUUCGUAUGGAAGAAAGAAAGACUAGCAGCGUUUUCAUGAAUGCGAAUCAACCCUUGGGAGAGUCGCACAAAAAGAUCGAAUAUCUCAAAAACAUCGACAUUCCAGCAUUUUUAGAGCAGAUCACAAAUCAAGACGAUGAAAUUACAUUGAAGGCGGUUCCGUUCCGUCUUUGGAUCAUUAUCAACAAUGAAGGAUUUAGAAAUAUAAAGCAAGACAAAUUAUGGAUUUGCUUCAAAUUGCCACGCUCGAUGGCGGACAAUAAGUCCAUGCAGAUUGUUGUCAACGAUCUUCUUCAACACUACGACGGGGCUUAUUGGCAUCAGGGGAUGACAAUUAGCAGUACUUACAAAGGCAAAAUCUUUGAGACCCAAGAUAUCAAAAUUGAAGCUCACGAUAACAGAAAACAACAGCUCAAGCAUUUUCAUGGUGGUCUUAACAUUCCAGUCUCGCGAGGAGAAGUAUAUAAAAUGACCGAUCCCUGUGGAGUCUUGACCGCAUCAAUCAAGCUACACGAUGAUUACAAGAAUCCAACAGAAAGACAAAGAUUUAUCUGCAAAGCGAUGGUUGCUUCGAUUUUCGGGAUGUGCGAAAUGCGAGUUGUGAAUAAGAAUUCCAUCAGUCCGAGACUCCCUCUUCUCGACUUCGAAGUUGACUUUGACUUCCGAAAUCUCCACGGGAACUUUUCUGACGGCAAUGUAUCUUAUGAAAAUACGAUGGGAAACUUUUCCUUUGAUAUUAAUUACUUAAUCACAAAGAAACAAAAGAUACAAGAAGCAAAAGGAAUCCACGAUUAUAUUUGGAAACAAUUCUUUGAAGACGAACAAACUAAUUUGAUGACUUUUGAAUCAAGAAUCUUCGAAGAAUACCCAGCAAAAGAGAAACACGCAAAGAGCGCAACUCUUCUCGUUCAACUAUUCGUCCCAAUAAUCAAGGCUUCACGCGUUCGGUUGCAUUCAGUUUUAAUUUUUUCGAAGAAACAAAUUUCAAAGCGCGAACCGGUCGUACUCAUAAUUUGUGCGAUGUUCAAAACGUUUACUUUGCUGGUGGACACCAUACACCCCUGA